CUAAGGGGAGGGAUGAAUAGUCUCUCUCCUUAAUUUCAUGUUUUAAUCCUGAUUAUUUAAACUUAUUUAAGGAAUUGAUCGAAAGCUGAACAUUGUUACGUUGUAGAUGUAGUUUUGAUUUCUAUAUGAAUCCCUGAUCAAGCUGGGGUGGUGAAUUGUAUAUAUGUGCGAUUAUAAUAUUAUUGUUUGUGAUAAUUUAGUGAAAGAAAGAAAAAGAGAACUUAAAUUAAAGGUUGAUCAUAUGAUGAGUUGUUUUCCGUGCAUUAGCCCUUCCCGUAAGGAAGCCAUCAGGGAUUAUGAUGAGGAUCUGCUUCACGGAUCAAAUGUUUCUCCAGAACAUCAAAGUAGGAAAGGAGGUUCUUCGAGAGGGAAUUAUAGGGAGGGUAAUGGGCAAAAGGGCAAUGUUGCACGUAGUUUCACCUUCAAGGAACUCGCAAUAGCCACCCAAAAUUUUAAGGAAUCCAAUCUACUAGGAGAAGGCGGGUUCGGGAGCGUGUACAAAGGCGUCUUGGACUCCCAAUUGGUUGUUGCUGUGAAACAACUGGAUCAGGAAGGGCUGCAAGGGAACCAGGAAUUCAUAGUGGAGGUUCUGAUGUUGAGUUUGCUUCACCACAAAAAUCUGGUCAACUUGAUCGGAUAUUGCACCCACGGCGACCAGAGGCUCUUGGUGUAUGCGUACAUGCCAAAUGGUAGCUUGGAGAAUCAUCUCUUUGGCUUGGAACCUGGGAAGGAACCGCUGAAUUGGUACAACAGACUAAAGAUCGCGGCGGGUGCGGCUCGUGGAUUGGAGUAUCUGCAUUGUACAGCGAAUCCGCCGGUGAUUUACCGGGACUUGAAAUCUUCCAACAUAUUAUUGGACGAGGAGUUCAAUCCGAGGUUAUCGGAUUUCGGUCUGGCCAAAUUAGGGCCUGUUGGCGAUAACACCCACGUUUCCACGCGAGUUAUGGGAACCUACGGCUACUGCGCACCAGAAUACGCCAUGAGCGGAAAGCUCACCUUGAAAUCCGACAUCUACAGCUUCGGUGUCGUUCUGUUGGAGCUCCUCACUGGCCGUCGUGCCUAUGAUAGUGACGCCAAGCCCGGAGAGCAAAAUUUGGUUUCCUGGUGUCGGCCAUUCCUUAAAGACAAGAGAAGGUUUGUGGAGAUGGCAGAUCCAUUGCUGGAAAGACGAUUUUCGGUUCGGUCUUUUCACCAUGCGGUGGCCAUCACAGCAAUGUGUCUACAGGACCAAGCGAGCUUUCGUCCGGCCAUAAGUGACAUCGCCAUGGCGCUCGACUAUCUGGUGUCUCAAGCCCAGACCUCAAAUCGCAACACCGCCGCCGUGGUUACACCCAACACUACGCCGCCCUUAUCUCCCAGCUUGCAACUCAAUCUCAGCUUUCAUGCAAUUAAGAAAAAAAGCUUUGGAAACAUCACUUUACCGCUUUAAUUAUAUAUUUAAUCUAAACGCACAUACGUACGGCUCGGAGCAAUAUGCAUGGAUCAUUUUCCUACCUUCGAUCGAUCGAGCUGAGUCGAAGAAUAAUGUUACCCCACAAACCAGCCACCCACAAUUUCUAACCUUAGCUUUCACAUUGAAUCCAUCUGUUAUGAAAAAAGUGUGACACAAACAUUGUACAUCAUCUCGUUCAUUAAAAUUCAUUCAUGUCUUUAAUUUUUUGUAACAUAUCAAUGUGAAAUUUUUCUUUGUAAAUCUAUGCAAUAUUGUCCGGAAUAUGAUGACAUCAA